AUGUUUAAAGUGAAUGCUAGCUUAGUUUGGGAUGCAAAGAAUCCUGCCAUAGAUCAGGCUUUAUUCGAAGAAGUGAUAGAUCCAGAAUUAUGUGACGAGCAUGUUAAUUUUAUUGUGCAAGAUACUUUACUACUACUACAAUUCAUCGAUGCAGGAAUAAGGAUCCCCAGGGGAAUUUUGCAAGGCAACACAUUAGACCUGGGAAACUAUCACCAAUGUCUUGGCAUAAACCGCCAGUUAGAAAAUUCAGAACUACAAGGAAAAUAUUGUUUGAUACAAGUGCCUCUCAAUCAGCAAAUACCUGAAUUGCCUGGAUGGACUGAUUUAGAAGAAUCAGAUCUUGCUGAAAUUAAUGCUAGACUUGAAACUGUGCAGGAUUUGAAUAUUGGUACACAAAUAGUUGGAGGCAUCUUUAGCAAUGAUUCGAGAGUAAUGCCCGAUAGCCCAUUAUCAGCAUUGUCGAUCAGACAAGGUAUUUGCAUACCGAAAACAUGCACAACGCGACAAGCAGUAUCGUCUUUGCUAUUCAAUAUCUCUUUAGGUUUUGAAUUCACUGAAGCAUUCUGUCGACUGCCUAACGAUAAGCCAUGGGUUGCGGCAGAUUACAUCGCCGUAGUUUUGUUCUCCCUAAUUGGAGUAUUGAGCCUUUUCUGUACUGUUUAUGAUGUACUUGAUCGGUUCGUUUACAAAAAUGAAAAUCCCAAAACGAUAUUCAGAACAUUCUCAAUCUACACUAACGGUCAACGGGUAAUGAAUUUUGCAUCUGGACCUGAUGCUCUACAUUGCAUUGAUGGAAUAAGGGCUUUAGCCAUGGUUUGGGUCCUGAUUGGUCACACGUUUACUUCAGAGAGCCACUGGGCUAAUCCUAUUGUGGGAUUUCAGUGGGCUUGGUCACUUGAAGCCUUGUGGUUGUCCUCUGCACAUAUUACUGUGGAUACCUUUUUUAUGCUGAGUGGUUUGCUGGUAGUUUAUACCACAGCUGGCAAGCUUAGUGGAAAAAAGCUCCUUCAGAAUCUUCAUCUUUUCUACUUGAACCGUCUUCUAAGGAUGUUUCCUGUGCUAGCCACUGGUGUUCUUCUAGAAGCUUCUUUAUUCAACCGGGUGUCAGAUGGGCCAGACUGGAGCACGGUGUCGGAUCUCGUAGGCCGAUGCAGAGCUUUCUGGUGGUCCACUUUACUGCACAUGCAAAACUUCAUGAACCCUGAGAGAAUAUGCUUGGGCCAAACGUGGUACCUCGCUGUCGACGUACAGCUGCACAUUCUGUCACCACUGGUACUAUUCUGGGUGCUGAGUGGAUCAAAAAACAUCGCAUGGACAGCUUUGACUGCAGCCUUUGUUUUACAACUGUCGGCUGCAACGACUUACAACUUUAUAAUGGAAUUCCCUUCAAGUUUAACGAGUGCGAGUCGUAGCGACGAGAUAAUGAACUACGUGUACAAAUAUUACUUUAACACGUUGGCUCGAGCUUCGCCGUUUAUGGUAGGAAUGAUCAUCGGGUAUGUGCUUGCUUCUUAUAGGGGCACAAAAGCCCGGCUAUCAAAGGCUGUAGUAAUGCUCAACUGGGCAUGGGCCACGGCACUGUUCGGUUUCGUCAUAUACAGCUCGUACCCCGUCAUGCAACCUUCGUGGUCCAACCAGUUUCUGGAUAGCAUGUACAACUCUUUCAUCAGACCCGCCUGGGCUUUGGCGUUGGGCUGGCUGGUCUUUGCAUGCGCACAUGGAUAUGGAGGACCAAUCAACUGGCUACUAUCACUGCAUGUGUGGAAGCUUCCAGCUCGUCUUUCUUACGCCAUGUACAUCCUUCACUACGGCUUGAUGUUCCUCGUCAACGGCAGUGCGACGACACCACAGUUCUUCUCUGUGAACGCACUUAUGUUCAAGUUUUUGGCUCAUCUUGGAUUAACUUUGAUCGUUUCUUUCGUCGUUGUACUAUUCAUAGAUGCACCGUGCUCAGUUUUGUUCAAGAAAAUACUUGGUGCAGUUCCUAAAAAGCAGCAAAAGCCAGAGGCAGAGCCUGAAAUCCGGAAAGAGAAUAAUAAAGAAGUUUAAAGUGUAUAGAUAGGUACUUAAUUUUUCCAAAGUUUUUAAAACAAACUCAAAGAAUAAAUCUGAUUAUUAUCUAUUACUAGGUAUCCCCUUUUACAUAAUUUAUAAACAUGUAACCCGUUUGCAAGAUGCUAUAUUUAUAAAUUAUUUGCUCUGUCGUGAAAGGUCUUCGAGAUGGUCUAAUAGUUGGAUGGAGGGUCUAAUAGUUUAGAUUAAUAUACUUUAUUUACAACUUAGUAUUAAGAUCUGUGAUUGAAAGUGAGAUUAUUUU